CUUACGUUGACUUUGUUUUCAUUUUGAUCAUUACAGCGUCUUCUCUCCUUCUCCGCCAUUCAAACUGAUCGGAGCUAUAGUUCGUUCGAUCAUCCCUCGUGGGUUUUCCUCUAUCUGUUUCCCGCGCUAGAUCUAUGGCCGUUUUAGUCAAAAAAUUUGCUCGCAGAGACGGUAGCGAACAAUCUGGGUCGGUCAAGCAAGAAGCUUCCAUCAAUGGGUCUCCAGAGAUCCAGUACGAGACGGUAACCGGUCGUGGGAUUGAAGCCAUCGUUAAUAGUCUGAGCACAUGGGUUGUGUCUAUUCUGUUUGCUUCCAUCAUUCUUCUGCGGCGUGAUGGUACUGCCUUGUGGGGAAUCAUUGGAUCCGUUUCGAAUUCGGCUCUUUCAGUGGUGCUGAAGCGUAUACUUAACCAAGCGAGGCCUGCUACAACCUCGCGUCCUGAUCCCGAGAUGUCAUCUACUCACGCCCAGUCUAUCUCUUUCAUAUUUGUG